CUUCAAGAUCACUUGAAAGCCAGUAUGAAAGUUGCAGCCAUCCUGAUUGUCUGUUUGUUUCAUGGAUCCGUCAUCUUAUCCAAAUCUUUAAAGGAGAAAGAUGAACGUCUAUCCUGUAACAUUCGUCGUUAUGAUUUGGACUCGGAUGGGAAAAUUCAGCGUGAAGAGUUUUUGAAGGCAACUCUUGGAUACAAGAAGCAUGACCCUGAAAAAUUGUUCGAACGCCUAGAUAUGGACAAAGACGGAGAAAUUGAGUAUGCAGAAUUUCGAAAAAGUGCACCAGGUCUUCAAAGAGAUGGUGUGCUUGGUCCAUGUAAACGCAAAUGGUGCAUUGGUAUUUGUUUAUGGAAAUAAUGAAGAAGAUAAGAUUGAUGUGUAAAUCUGACUUUGUUCAAUAAA